GGACUCUGUGGCCUGAACACAAGGGGAACGCCAUUGCCUGGAGACUGUAGAAGGCAAGCUUUCUCCUGGCAAGGGAAGGUCAGAUAGCCUGACUGCUCAGAACAGGAGCAAGCUAUGGCAGGACACACGGGGCAGAGGGUGAUUCAUGAUGAGGUUCAUCAGCACCAGAUCUUGCAGGAACUAAUCCUCAAAGAGCUGCGAACACAGAAGCUGUACACGAAGUAUCAUGUGAAUCCCCUGAGCAAGGUUCACCCAAUCACCAGGAAGCCCAUGUCUUGGCAUGAUAACUUGGAGGAGCCUGCAGAUGUCAAGUUCUUGAAUGUCAUUCACCAUGCUGCACAUGGUCCAAGGAUGAAAUAUUCAGAGACACAGACUGAAGCCCAAGAAAUUGGAUGGAAUCCCCGUCCCUUGAUCAAUCCAGACCGCCAGGACAAGAGGCUGAACCACUUCAAGGUCUACCAGGACAUCACUCUGUACAAGGCUAAACUGUGGAGGCUGGGGGAGGAGAAUUACAUGAAGUAGCUUUCUCUUGGUGUAGAGUAAGACUACACAAGGAAUUCCUAUGGUGUAUGUUGUCCAGAAAAAUAAAUGUUGUGUUUGUUAAAUAUUACAUAAGACAUAUUUCACAGAUCAUGUGAGUCAGGAAGGGUCUGACAGAAAAAUGAUUCAGGAGGCCUUGCAGCAUCAUAUAGGCAGGGGGAAAAGGAGGGCCCAAAGAGCAGAAAGUGAGGUAAAGAAACAACCUAAUUGGCUACAACCCACGUCCAUCUUAUUUGUAGGGGAUUGAAGGGUUGACCAGUGGUGAUGGGCUUGAAGGUAAGAUACUUAUUGUGAGAGGAGGUCUGAAGCAAAACAAAACAAAAGUGGACAAACAACAAAAUGUUAGACAAUCUGCCACACACCUUUAAUCCCAUCACUAUCUAUAGAGACAGACAGAGAUAGAGAGGCAGAGAGUGUUGCACAUUAACGUAUGUUGAAGGUCAUUACUUUGUCCUAGUUUCAUUUCUGUUGUCACAAUAAAUAAACUGA